AUGCCACGCAAAAAAAAAAAGAUUCGAGCACCAGUCGACGAACCAAAAGAAAAGUUAUUUUGUCCCCGCACUAUGGUAAGGUAUGACGGAUCACAUAGCGAUUACCCAACAAAAUGGAUAUGCAAGAUGUGCCUGAAGGUCAUCUUAAGUGAGGAAGCCGUCAAAAACCACUUGAUCACGUGUAGCAGCCAAUACAACAGAGCAAUGCCUCCCCCACAAAUGAAAAAGUAA